AUGUCGGCCUUCACGGCCGCAGAGCUUGCACGCUAUGAUGGCGAAGCAAAGCAUGAGAUCUACAUCAGCUUCAAUGGCAAGGUCUACGAUGUGAGCCACCGGAGGGAUCUGUAUGGGAAGUCGCCCCCGGGACCCUAUCAUGCACUAGCUGGCCACGAAUGUGCCCGGUCGCUCUCCACGAUGUCUGUGGAGCUUUGCGAUGUGGGGCGGCGGGACUUGGAGGAUUUGACGACGUUGACGCGGAAGCUUGAGCAGGUAAUGUCACCCAGCGAGGUGCGACAGGCGGUGGACAAGGCCUUUAAAGACUGGGAGCGGCACUUCAGCGAGAAGUACACGGCGGUAGGUUCCUGCGAGACGGAUGGAUCAGUAAACCCAGUGGUCAGCCAAGGAUAUGCCAUGCGGCAUCCUGCUUUCCACAAGGAGGUGGAGCUCAGCGAAGAGGACUUUGUCGAAAGCCCCCUGGAGCUGAUCUCGCGAAAGCCCAAGAUCUUCCUCCAGCGGAAGUUUCUCAGCCCAGCCGAGUGUCGAAUGCUCAUUGAGAUGAUUCUGCAGCGCAAAGAGCGGAGCAAUUUCCAGACGAAGCUCCGAGCGCCGCUGGAGCUGGAGGAUGCUCGCUGGAGCCCGGAGCAGCGGGCGCUGAUUUUGAAGAUUGAGGAGAAGGUCGCGGAGGUCAGCGGAGGGCCGAUCCAUCCGGAUGAGACGGCGCUGGUGGGUACGCUGACGCCGCCCCAGGCUCAGGCCUCACAGGGUGGCGUGACUGGGCAUUUGGGACUUCAUGUCGAUACCAAUGCAGCGCACUGGCGCUUUUGUACCGCCAUCAUCUACCUCUCCAGCCUGGGUGACGGCCUUUGUGGGGGUGAAACCGUUUUUCCCGCUGCGCUGCACCUCGAGAACGAAGGACCUCCAAGUGAGCUGGAGGAACGGGCCAUUGAGGCUGCGGGAGAGCUCUUGGAUCUCAAUCUCGACCACACCGACAAGGCUUUGAACCUCUCGGAAGAUCCAGCGGCCAACCCGGACAAAGCAGACCGUGCCUCCCGCGCUGCCCGCGAGCUCCUCGCCCGCGCAGACGCCGCGGAGCCCACAGGGCUUCGGGUACAGCCGCAACAAGGAUCCAUGUGCGUCUUCUGGACGAGACAGGACGAUGGUGAGAUUGACCGCUUUUCCUGGCAUGGAGGCGCACCUUUGCAGGCUUUGAAUGGUCAGAGUUCAGAGCGCAAGACCGACAUUUUCGGGUGGAAGUGGACCCUGCAAAAGUUCAAAGAAGUCCCCUUAUCUGCCAGCUGCUUGGCGGAUCUGAGAGUUGGCUUGCUGAAGCGUUUGAUUUACAUAGUUCCAAGUUUGAUGUCGCAUGUACAAUCCUUUGUUGAUAUUCACGUGCCAGAAGCCAGAACGCCCCGAAAGUCAUGCGGCCUUUGUUGGGUGUCACCGUUUCGGUUCAUUUUGAUACUGUAGGUCUGGACUACGGUGACUAGGACUUCACCUGAACAUUUAAGUGCAACAGACCACCUAAGGACCCACGGUUGACGUAAGAAAUCCUGCACCACUCCCAUUCAAUGGUAGGUCAUGCCGGUCAUGCAGGCAGAUGGCGCAGGAUUCUCGUCAAUUGGACCUUUGCAAGCUUUGAUGCCGGACCAAGCACUAUUUAAAAGGGGGCGCGAGGGUGUAAUAUGCAGCCAUCUUCACAAAAGUGGUGUAGUUUCCAUCAACAGUAGUACGCGUGCGAUGCUCCAACGAACUGGUCGGAUCCGUACGCACAAAUACAGGAUAAUACAGGUGACAAUUGGAAAACUUGAUUUGAGAUAUGUUAAGGUGAGAUUGUUUCCUCCGCAAUCCGGAAACAUACGAAUUACUUUCGAGAAAGUUGCUGAAGCAUGGUCAAGCUUCAUUGGAUUAAAACCCAACUGCACAGCCUGUCCAACUGUCCAGGUGCUUGCCUCUCCGUGUCCUGCUUCGUUUGUUUGUUCCACAGCUCGGCUGGUGUUUGUGAGUGGUUUCAACAACAAUCAGGAGCCGACGCCGCUGCAUUAGCGGACUUCAUCCGAC